AUGACUUUUGCGAGGUCUUUGGCCAUGAAAGCAGUGCAGGAGCAGGCCAACCGCGAUGCCCACGAUACUGCGACUUGCGAGCGCUGGGUGAACUCCCAGGUUGUCAGCAUCAAAUCGACAUGCAGAGCCGCCAGCAAGCGCUGCGAAUUCUCCGCUGAGAUAACAGACAGCUUGCCGUUCCUAUAUCAGCAAGAAGGUCAGAAGAAGCUCCUGAAGGAACUUCGAGCUCGUCUGGAAAAGCUUGGCUUCACCAAGCUACAGGUCUCUCAAGAGGUUUCUGAUGAAGCUGGGAAAGUCCGUGUUUCCAUGUCCUGGGCUGGCCUGGGGCCUUCGGAGCCUUCGCCCAAGUGCUGCAAGUGCUUUGCCUUCUUGUGGACUCUGCCCAUGCUGCUCACCAAAGGAUUUCGCAAGACUGCCCAGACUGAGAAGCGGUUCGCCAGCCCGCUGAAGCUCCCGCUGAAGUCGCAGAAUGCGGAGAGGAGUUGCCGUCCGUGGAACACGUCGGAGCUCUCCUGCUGA